AUGACCAGAGCAGACCUCAAACCCAAGAGACAUCACGGCUACGCUGUUGUGCUAUUUAUCCUCGGUACCCUCUUCCCACCUCUUGCUGUUGCUGCGCGAUUCGGAAUUGGGAGCGACUUCUGGCUUAAUCUUCUCUUGACGAUAUGUGGGUACAUACCCGGACACGGCCAUAAUUUUUACAUUCAGAACAUCCGUAAUAACAAGAACAACCGCCGCACGCCCAAAUGGGCGCAGCGAUACGGGCUCGUCGAUACCACCAAGAUCAAGCGCGAUGCCAAGCGCUCACAGUGGGCUGGCCGGUACGCGGAGCGUCUCCCACGCUCCACUCUGGAGGGCCAGUCGUACGAGGACGGUCAGGAACCGGGCUCGAGCAGCAUCGAUCUCUCUACCGAGAACCGCGGUGGGCGAUCCACAGCCCCCAACGGCAACGGGCACGGCGGCGAGCUCUGGAACCCGGAGGAGGAGCAGUACUAUGGGCAGCGCAAUAGCGACGCUGCGAGCACGACGUCUGGGCGGUGGCACUACCCUGCGAACUUCGAGGAUACCCUUCCACAGUCUGGAGGCACGCUGAAGAAGAAGAAGAAGCAGGACCGGUGGGCGCGCACGGAGGAUGCAUACGCGAACGGGGGCGAGGUGGCCCCGAAGAAAAAGAAAAAGAAGAGGUCGACGCGGUCCAAGGCAGGUGAUCUGGACGGAGACUCGUUCUCGCGGAGGAGCGGGUCGACGACGAAUUUCCCCGAGGAUCCCGAGGGCGGACUGUAUGGAGAGCGGAGGGCGGAGAACGGAGGUACUGCAGAGCCCACGCGGACGGAUGACGAUGCGUUAUUCACUCAUCAGUUCUGAUCGUUGUUGGUGGUUGAAGAUAGGUGGGUUUGAGGACGGGAGGACAUCAUAAUUUGCUUGCCAUCGUGGGCGGGCAGGGUCUCUGAGCAUGCAGCGCGUCUUGAGGGAUUGUACGUACACAUUCGAGUUACUUCUUGGUCGAAGCGACUAUAUACGAUUAUGCAUUUUGCUGUGAAACCAUUA